AUGAAGUACACCACACUCGCGGCCGCGGCGGCGACGACGACGAGCCUCGUCACCGCUGCCGGGGCCUAUCGCCAUGGCGGCAGUGAAACGGCCUGGACACCCGCCACGCAAACGCAGCCACCCGUCGCGGGCUUCACACUUCGACCUACGCCCGCGCUGCGCAUACCGCGCGCGGGGCUUCUUAUUCGAGAAGACGAUGACGACGACGACGACGAUGACGAGGAUGGGCGUGGGAGAAUCACACACGGCUCAGUCACGGCAACGAGCACGCCGACGGCAAGCGGCAGCGGUUCAGUGACGAGUGCGCCCAGGCCGUCGAAUACCUGCGGCUGGGACAGAAAUGGAGGAUGCUGCUCAGGAAAUAACUGCAGAAAGAUACCGAAGCAGUGCGUGGAGCGAAACAAGGAGUGCGACUCGGAUGAUAAUGGCGGCACGCUCUGCUGCCGCCAGUCUUCGGCCCCGGCAUGCUACACAUGGCUCAUUUCAACGUCGACGGCUGGCCGCCAGGAAACGUAUUCGAUGCUCGGCUGCACCGACAAACCCGGCACCGGCACGCUCCUCCCCACAGACCCGGCCAGCGCCGGCUCCAGUUCCACUUCCAGCUCCGGCGGUGGUGGUGGUGGCGGCGGCGGCGGGAAAAGCAACACGGGCGCCAUUGUCGGCGGCGUCAUCGGCGGCAUCCUCGCGCUGCUCCUCGUUCUUUUCUUCAUCUGGUACGUCUUGCGGCAGCGACGGCGCGGCAAAGCCGAGCACGUAGUCGCAGAUCGCAGCCUGCGCGACUCGACAAUGUCGCACGCCUCAUGGGCCGAAGAGCACGACAGCCGCAGCGGCGGUGGUGGUGUAGAAAAGUCGUACGAGGCGGUGCCGAGACGCAAGCCUGUGCCCGGCAGUGAGACGCAGGACAGUGGCUACACGGCGACGAUGAGUCCGGCAACGACAACGACGACGACGACGGAUCGGGGGUCGCCAAAUGAGCACUUGGCGUACUCGGUGUCGAGCGCGAGCGGGACAAUGGGAAGUCAAGGUGGCACGGGCGUCGUGUCGAGCUUGUCGACGGCGGCGCCACCGCCGCUCGCGGGUGUUGUGGAGGCGCCGGAUACGGGGGUACCGCAGGAUAGUGCGGCGGCGCCGGUCGAGGUGGCGGGCACGACGGUGACGCGGGAGACGAUGCAGAACCGGGCGGAGCUUCCGUAG